UGCAAUGCACGGGAUGUAAUACUAGUACAUAUAAGUGGUUAAAGAAAACGAAAACAAAGGUGUAUGAAGUUUUAAACUUGGAGUAAAAUGGAAGGAGGGAUUGAAGGGAGUGAAGAGGAGGCGAUGCAGCAGCAUCCUCAGGUGCAUUACCUGCCGGAGCACGAUGAUCACCAUCACCAUGGGUUUAUGAGCAAUGGGGACGUGAUGGAGCACAAUGAUGAUGGUGGUGGUGAUGGGAAUGGAGGGAGCGGAGGGAGUGACUGUAUGAAGGGCGAUGCUAAUGGGAGUCUGUUGGACAAUCAUAGUGCAAUGGUAGUUCACGGUGGAGCUGAAACUAAUAAUCAGCUUACUCUCUCAUUCCAGGGACAGGUCUAUGUGUUUGAUUUCGUGUCUCCUGAAAAGGGUGUGCCUGCUGCACCUCCGAAGCUUAAUGUUCCCCAAAGAAUUGCCUCGUUAAUUAGAUUUAGAGAAAAGCGUAAAGAUCGGAGUUUUGAGAAGAAAAUUCGAUACACUGUCCGAAAGGAGGUUGCUCUCAGGAUGCAACGAAACAAAGGGCAAUUUACUUCAUCAAAGCCCAAUCAGGAUGAGCCAGCAAUAGCUUCUAAUUGGGACUCAUCUCAGGGAUGGGCUUCAAAUGGAGGCGGAUCUCAAAUUCAAAAUCAAGAGAUUUUCUGCCAGCACUAUGGUAUCAGUGAGAAAUCAACCCCAAUGAUGCGACGUGGACCAGAAGGGCCUAGGACCCUUUGUAAUGCCUGUGGGCUAAUGUGGGCAAAUAAGGGAACUCUGAGAGAUCUUUCUAAGACACCGCCGCCGCCGCCGCCGCCACUGCUAGGGCAUGGCUCAUCCCUUCACCGAAGCGAAGAGAAUGGGAAUGUGGAGGCUGCUCAAGCUAUUAGAGAAGUUGAAAAUGGAGAUGAUUCACUGUGAAUUUUUUCCACUGUUCAAAACCACAAUGACUGUAUGAUAGGUAGGACUUUGGCUUGGUCUUUGAAGCCCCUUGCUCUUUCCAUAUACGACGAUCGCAGUCAUUUCAUACCGGCUUAAGUUUCUGUUCACUUAGCUUUGGUGAUUUCUUCUUUUGUAUCAUAUUGACGGCGAAUCUCAGCUGAGUGUACUAUAGG